UCCCGGACCACGCAGUAGGCCAGACCAGAAGCUUCUAUAGGGGAAUCCCCUGAUGGAAUACCGACAGUUUCACACACUGAAAAACACUGCUUAUCAUCAGGAGUGACUGUAGUAUAAAUAUAAACUAUGAGGAACUUCGGCCAUUUAUUACAACUGAACAAGAUGGAAGGACAUCAUCGUGUAAGCAUGAAUUCAACAUAUUCGUGGUUCUCAUUCAAAAUAUAUGGAUACGCUGACCCAGUGCUGAGACUACACAUAAAGUGUGGGGAGGAUAUAUCCCAUGUGAUGGUAGCGGUCAACAAGCGACAGGGGUCACUCAAGCACCUGUUGCUCCUGGAGGCUGGUAAUAACUUGGAACAGUCAGUCCUGGCACUGGACACUGUCCAGGUGUUCGGCCUGAAGAUUGACACUGGACAGAGCAGCAGCAGAUACCCGUUUGCAACAUCGUAUACCGUGGAAACAAGUCAUGAUGUUGCCUUUCCUUCAACUAAAGUGACACAAGAGGUGGACUUGAGUUGUGGGACGUGGUCCUCCACAACUGAUCACAUAACACACCUGUUGGGAGACACUCAGGAUGACCUUGAGAUGGAGGUGGAGCACAAACCACCAUUGACCUACAGCCUUAAACCUACAGGACCCUCUGACAGUGAGGCAGGUCUGUGUGUUGUGUUCUGUGAGAGAAGUCAGAAGGAGUAUGUUGUGAUGUCAUCCACCCCAAUCAGCGCCGGCAUCCCACUACUGCCCGUCUGUCAGUCCAGGAACAACUACAGGGUCAAGGUCAUGGGACUGAAAGGUUCCAGGGUGAUCUCUACCGAGCAUUGGCGAGUUGUGGGUGGGGCAUAUACACCUAGUGGUGGGUCAGACAUCAUCACUAUCAAGACAUGCAAUACAAAGGAAGAUCUCCAGAGGCUUCUGUGCAAAGCAAAGACAUUUUGUUCCAAGAACCUACAAAAUCCAAGCAAAUACAAUGUUAAGAAGUUCUACCGCAACAAACCCGAAACCUACUUUGAUGACAUCAUGGCCAACACAGAUGGCGUGAUGGAGAAAUACUUGAAGGACAACAAUGGCGAUCCAUAUUGUCCGAUCAACAACAAAAUCUGUGGCCUCUUCUUCAGUGGAUCCAAGCACAAAAAGAAAAUACCCAACUUCUCCUUCUUCGGAAACAAACGCCUUUUUAUUCCAGUGGAGGAGAUGUUCACAUCUGACACGAGGAUGUACUUCUCGGACUUCUACUGUCACAAGGAAACACAUUACGUCACAGCUGUCCUCACCAAGAGGGGUUCAGCUGAAGACACAUUCUGUGAGGAGAGACUCAUCGAACUGGACUUGCAGUCUAAUCCAUUCUUCACCACAAGGGAUGAUCCAUUCUUGGGGAAGACAUUCACAAUGACGUCUGUCAGCAAGUUCCAUGUGGAGUUUCUCUACACUGAAGAUGUCGACAUUAGUGCAUUGAUGGACAAAUACGGGAAGGACAAAGUGUUUAAACGAGUGCAUAUUCGGGGAAGGGGACGCAGCAAGAAGGAGGGAAUCCCAAAGAAGCUUGACUGCCCAGACUGCUGCUUUGACUCGGUAUCCGAACAUGAGGAUUUGACACCAGGGUGGUUUUAGGACAAUAUGCCCUUUCUUAAUGACAUCAUAUCUGCCAUCACACCAACUUCUAAAUGCCACUCAAACAAGUUAUCAUAUCUGCCGUUUGUGAACGCCCACACAAUCAUAUACAUACUUGGUGCCACUCUCCAGUGUCAUACGUGUAACGUAUACACCAACUUUGUGUGGAAUAUACAUGUUUAUCAUGGUUGUGUUGGGGAAGUAUGCUUUACUUUUAUCACCUCUACUGAUCAACUGCAUAUUUGAGCCCUAUGUCAUCAUUCUGUCAUACAGAUUAUGCAUGUGUUUUUCUGUACCAAUUCUGUGCCUCUGUGAUACUUGUUACUUAUAUAUACUGAUAUGUACAGUAAUGUACUGUGAUACUUGUAACUUAUAUAUACUGAUACCAUGUACAGUAAUGUACUGUGAUACUUGUAACUUAUAUAUACUGAUACCAUGUACAGUAAUGUACUGUGAUACUUAUAACUUAUAUAUACUGAUACCAUGUACAGUAAUGUACUGUGAUACUUGUAACUUAUAUAUACUGAUACCAUGUACAGUAAUGUACUGUGAUACUUGUAACUUAUAUAUACUGAUAUCAUGUACAGUAAUGUACUGUGAUACUUGUAACUUAUAUAUACUGAUACCAUGUACAGUAAUGUACAAUUAUAGCCUGGUGAUGAGGUCAAUACCUGUUUUUAUGGGAUAAACACA